UGAUAUCAAUGUAACAAUAUCAACAGACAUAAAAAACAUACGAAAGACGAUAGCUGAAAAAUAUCGAUCUCGUCACGCUAGAAUCUAUUCGAUACUAUACUACCCUUGGUAUCGAUUAGAUCUAUAUUUGGAUCGAUCUACCCCUAUACCCGGAGAGUCUUGGUCCGAUUACAAGUCUAGGCGGUGCUCGUCCCCCCCUUAAAAAAAAAAAAAAACAACAACAUGGCACCUUCCACUCUUCCACCUCGGCUCCUCUGGACGUCGGUCCUGGUCGUCGUCGGCCUGGGUUCGGUUCUGUGCCAGUACGAGAAGUACAGCUUCCGGAGCUUCCCCAGACACGAACUCAUGCCGCUGGAGUCGGCCUACAAGUACGCGCUGGAUCAGUACACCGGGGAGAAGUGGGGGGACACGGUGGAGUACAUGGAGGUGUCCCUGCGUCUCUACCGGCUGCUGCGGGACAGCGAGGCUUUCUGUAACCUCAACUGCAGCUCCGUGCGCCGCCACGACGAGGACAAGUUCGCCGACUUCCCGGAGCUGAGAGCCUUCGGCAACGUGCUGCAGCGGGCCCGGUGCUUGAAGCGGUGCAAGCACGGCCUGCCCGCCUUCAGGCAGGCCAUGCCCAGCAGGGAGACGCUGGAGGAGUUCGAAAGGAGGGAGCCGUACAGGUACCUGCAGUAUGCCUACUUUAAGUCCGACAAGCUGGCCAAGGCGGUGUCGGCCGCCCACACCUUCCUCCUCAAGCACCCCAACGACGAGAUGAUGCAGAAGAACAUGGCCUACUACAAGAGCCUGCCGGGGGCCGAGGAGCACCUUAAAGACCUGGAGACCAAAUCCUACGAGACACUGUUCGUGCGCGCGGUGCGGGCGUACAACGGCGACAACUUCCGCACGUCGGUGUCCGACAUGGAGCUGGCGCUGCGCGACUUCUUCAAAGUCUACGACGAGUGUCUGGCCGCCUCGGAGGGCCCGAGGGACGUGAAGGACUUUAAGGACUUCUACGCCUCCAUAGCGGACCACUACACAGAGGUCCUGGAGAGGAAGGUGAUGUGCGAGAGCGACCUGACGCCCGUGGUGGGGGGCUUCGUGGUGGAGAAGUUUGUGGCCACCAUGUACCACUACCUCCAGUUUGCCUACUACAAGCUGAAGGACCUGAAGAACGCGGUGCCGUGCGCGGCCAGCUACAUGCUCUUUGACCCCUCGGAUGAGGUGAUGAAGAACAACCUGGCCUAUUACAAGUUCCAUAAGGACCAAUGGGGGCUGACGGAUGAGGACUUCCUCCCCAGAUCAGAGGCGGUGCGCUACUACAACCAGACCACCAUGCAGCUGGAGAUGCUGCAGUUCUCCAGACAACACCUGGCCAGCGACGACGAGGGUGAAGUGGUGGAGUUUAUAGAUGAGUUUCUGGAUUAACAAGGCAAACACUGAAGCACACACCAGCUUGUAUUUAUUGAAUUUUAAAAUACAAAAGAUAUUUUCCGUCCUCCUUUUUUUUUAUUUGAAAAAAAAAAAAGAGUAUGUGGAGGGUGACAGAGAAAGGAAUAUUUGUACUCUAUGUUCAAUUAAAUAAUGUAUCGGCUGUGAAUUGUUUUUACAAUAAAAUCAUUUGUGAAACAUCAGAGGUCUUGAAUGAUCCCAAACUGAAAUAAAAGGAGCAGAUCGUGGCAGUGGACGGGGGCU